CGCCCACUGUAAUGUAACCGCCUACUGUUAAACCAACAAAACCACACUAUAAAUCAAACAAGAGCCAAACCAUAAACACAUUCAUCUUGCAAUCAAAACUCAUCACCUUCUAUAUUCAUGGAUUCCGGUUCAGUCUUUGCAAGUCUUGUUCAAGCUCCUGAAGAUCCUAUUCUCGGCGUCACUGUUGCCUAUAACAAGGAUCCCAGCCCCAAUAAGUUGAAUUUGGGUGUAGGAGCUUACCGAACUGAGGAAGGGAAACCUCUGGUUUUAGAUGUGGUGAGACGAGCGGAGCAGCUCUUAGUGAAUGACCAGUCACGGGUCAAAGAGUAUCUUCCCAUUGUUGGACUUGCAGAUUUUAAUAAAUUGAGUGCAAAGCUCAUUUUUGGUGCUGACAGCCCUGCGAUUCAGGCGAACAGAGUGGCCACCGUUCAGUGCUUGUCUGGUACUGGUUCUCUGAGGGUUGGGGCUGAGUUUCUGGCAAGGCAUUAUCACCAACUCACUAUAUACAUUCCACAGCCAACAUGGGGAAAUCAUCCAAAAGUUUUUACUUUAGCAGGAUUGUCAGUGAAGACUUACCGCUACUAUGAUCCUGCAACACGAGGGCUAAACUUCCAAGGCUUGCUGGAGGAUCUUGGUGCUGCAACAUCAGGAGCUAUAGUGCUUCUUCAUGCAUGUGCUCAUAACCCAACUGGUGUUGACCCAACGCUUGAGCAGUGGGAGCAGAUUAGGCAGCUGAUGAGAUCAAAAGGGCUGUUACCUUUCUUCGACAGUGCUUAUCAGGGUUUUGCAAGUGGUAGUCUAGAUGCAGAUGCACAACCUGUGCGCAUGUUUGUUGCAGAUGGUGGUGAAUGCCUUGCAGCUCAAAGUUAUGCCAAAAACAUGGGACUCUAUGGAGAACGUGUUGGCGCUCUCAGCAUUGUCUGCAAGACAGCAGAUGUGGCGAGCAAGGUUGAGAGCCAGUUAAAACUUGUGAUUAGGCCCAUGUAUUCUAAUCCCCCUAUUCAUGGUGCAUCUAUUGUGGCUACAAUUCUUAAGGACAGCAAGAUGUAUGAUGAGUGGACUGUUGAACUAAAAGCAAUGGCUGAUCGGAUUAUAAGCAUGCGGAAGCAGCUUUUUGAUGCUUUAUCUGCUCGAGGCACUCCAGGUGACUGGAGUCACAUUAUCAAGCAAAUAGGAAUGUUUACUUUCACAGGGCUGAACGGUGAACAAGUUGCCUUUAUGACCAAGGAGUAUCACAUCUAUAUGACAUCUGAUGGGAGGAUUAGCAUGGCAGGUCUUAGUUCAAAGACAGUUCCUCAUCUUGCAGAUGCUAUUCAUUCUGCUGUAACCCGAAUGGGCUAGACCGAGAUUUAGGCAGUUAAGGAUUUUUGGCUUGCUCUUCCCUUUGGCUUGCUAAUCAUCGGGUGUAGGAACAUGUGAAUAAAAAUCUCAAAUUGGACACAGUUUAAAAAAUUAAAUCAUUUUUGGUGUUGCAUCCUGAACUUAUCCUACCAAACUCAACAAGUUUAUUUUUUAAGUUGAAUAAAAUUGAAAGAUGCAAUUCAUUUUUGCAUUUUUCAAUUGCAUCUAUCUGAUAGAUGUAAUGUGCUUGCCAAAACAGAGGAAAAAGGGAGAAAUGAUAUAUUACUUGAUUUAUUUGCUUCCAA